UACAAAUCAAAAUGCAACUCUUAAGAUACAUAAAAUUUCGUUCAUACUCUUCCAAAGUAAACAAAAACAAAUAUUCCAAUACAGUGCUAUUGCCACAGACAAGUUUUCCACUUAGAUUAGAACAUCAAAAGUUAAUUGAAAGAGAUUCAAAGCUAAAUGAAUUAAAUAAAUCUAUCUAUGCUUGGCAAAGAGACAAUUUGCCAGGACCUGAUUUUGUUUUGCAUGAUGGACCUCCAUAUGCAAAUGGUGUUCCACACAUGGGACAUGCUAUUAAUAAGAUCUUGAAAGAUAUAAUUGUGAGAAGCAAGAUCUUGUCUGGACAAAGGGCUCAUUAUGUGCAUGGAUGGGAUUGCCAUGGGUUGCCCAUUGAAUUGAAAGCAGUGACCAAUACAAAAGGGGAUUUGACUCCUAUUCAAAUUAGACAUAGAGCAAGAAACUUUGCUCAACAGACUAUUGAGAAGCAGAAGAAAGCUUUUAUUAGUUGGGGUGUUAUUGGUGAUUAUGAAAAUGCUUACAAGACAUUCAACAAAGAUUAUAUUCAAAAUCAAUUGCAACAAUUCUAUACAUUGUAUGAGAAGAAUUUAAUUUACCGCGAUUUCAAACCGGUUUAUUGGUCUCCUUCUUCUGGGACAGCAUUAGCUGAAUCGGAAUUAGAGUAUAAGGCAGAUCAUAGAAGUACUGCGGCCACAGUUGCCUUUGAGACAGUAAAAUUACCAAAUCAACUAAGUCAUCAUAAAAAUGUAUCUAUAUUAAUAUGGACAACAACUCCAUGGACUUUGCCUAGCAAUCAAACUGUAUGUUUCAACAAAGAAAUAUCAUACAGCUUGAUACAGGACAAAUCAGGAUCUAGCAAUAAGUUCAUAAUAUCUACUAAUUUAGUUCAGGCUCAUUCCAAAUUGGUUAACAAAGAGUUUACUAUUUUGGAUACCUUUUCAGGAGACCUAUUAGAAAAUGUUACGUACAAACAACCAAUUUACGAUAAUGAACUGCCUUUGGUAGAGUCUAAUCAUGCUACAGAUUCUAAGGGGACAGGUCUUGUUCACUGUGCUCCAGCUCAUGGACCUGAAGACUUUUUAGUCGCAUUAAAAUAUAAUAUUAAUAUUAAAAAUAUGGUGGAUGAAACGGGCUCGUACACUUCAGAAGCUGGCCCAACUCUCGAAGGUUUACCAGUACUAACUGGGGGCAGUGAGAAAGUUUUGAAAAUAAUUAAAGAUAAAGUUGUUCAUAUUGAAGAUUUUGUUCAUAGUUAUCCUUAUGAUUGGAGAACAAAGCAACCUGUUAUAUUAAGAGCUUGCAAGCAAUGGUUUAUUGAUACAAACGCUAUUAAAGAUAGAGCAAUUGAAUUAUUGAAAGAUGUACAGGUUAUUCCGAAAAUGAAUGGAGAAAUGUAUAAAACAACAUUAACAAAGCAACUGAAGAAAAGGCCCUAUUGGUGUAUUUCAAGGCAACGUAUUUGGGGAACACCAAUACCGGUAUUCUAUGAAAAAUCUUCAGGAAAACCAAUUGUAAACAAAAAAAUAAUUGAUCAUCUAGUCAAUAUGAUUGAAAGUAAUCAAGGUGUAGAUUUCUGGUGGCAAUUGCCCAUAGAAGAAUUGCUACCGCAAAAUAUUCUCGAUGAACUUAAACUGUCUAUAGAUGAAAUCGAAAAAGGACAGGACAUUUUAGAUAUUUGGUUUGAUAGUGGCGUCUCGUGGUCCAAAGUGCUUGAGGGUGAAAAAGUCGCGGAUAUUUAUUUGGAAGGUCUCGAUCAAUUUAAUGGAUGGUUUCAAUCCUCGCUGAUGACCUCUGUAGCCAUUCGUGAUAAAGCACCGUACAAGAGUCUUUACGUCCAUGGUUUUGCUUUGGAUGAGAAUGGUUUGAAAAUGUCAAAAUCUCUGGGAAACGUUAUUGAUCCACAGGAAAUUCUGCAAGGUGGAAAUAAACAAAAACCAUACGGUGUAGAUACUUUACGUUGGUGGGUUGCUUGCCACGCCAAUCAAGAUUGCAUGGCUUACAUCAGCAAGAACGUUUUACAGGCUAGCGCCGAAGAGGUUCAAAAGGUCAGAAGCACAUUGAGAUUUGCUGUAGGUGCUUUAACGGAUUAUUCCGAGGACGUUCUGGAUAACAGCAAAUUGCAUUUAAUUGACAGGUAUAUGUUGCACACUUUAUGCAACUUUAAGAGACAAGCUGAUGACUAUCUAAAAGAGUACCAAUUUAAUAAAUUAUGCACAUCUGUUAUCAAUUUAACAACGAAUCAAAUAUCAGCAUUAUAUUAUACCGCAAUUAAGGAUCGAUUAUAUUGCGACACUGUUGAUAGCGAUAACCGAAGAUCCGCUCAAUUCGUUUUAAACCAGAUGUUCUUGGUUUUGGGUGAAAGUCUCGGUUCCAUAGUCCCACAUUUAAUUGAAGAACUUCACGGACACUUACAUAACGAAUCAUCAAAAUCCUUUUAUGAAAGCCAUGAACCUAACAAACUCGAUGAAUGGCAUAACGAUAGCGUCAAGGAGGUAAUGAAAACAGUGCUGGACGUAAAAAAAGAAUUGAAUAAGAUUCUUGGUGCAAACACUAAUAACUCUUCAAUCAACAUAAAAGUCUCAAAAGAAUUUUCCAAUAAGAUCGAGGAUAUUAGUAGAUUCUCAGAUGAGUUAGUUGCCAUUCUGCAAGUUUCUUCGGUAUCGAUUGAAGUAGAUGAACAACAAAAUAUUUUGUUCAAUUUGGAAACAAAGCAAACGGAUAAGUUUAAUUGUCAAAGAUGCCGAAAGUUCACAUCGAUUACUGAAGGCGAUUUAUGUAAUCGCUGUUCCGAUGUCCUACAAUUACUGGAGAAAAGCGAUGCAUUGAAAAUUUAAUAAUUUUUAAUUAAUUCAAUUUCUUAACAUCAAACACAAUAAAGAACUUAAAUUAUUGAACUAUUUAA